AUGUCUUCCUAUCCCGAAUACCCCGAUUCUGACCGCGUCAAGCGAGAGAGAUCCCGUUCGCCCCGUCGUCGUUCAUCUCGCAGUCCCCGACGUAGCCGUCGCUCGUACUCUCCACGCAGUCGCUCUCGCAGCCGUGACGAUUAUCGCCCCCGUGAUCGCCGUUCACGGUCUCCGUUGAGUGCUUCUGGAGCUGCUGGACCGUCGGGAUCGCCGUACGGUGGACGCAGUGGAUACGCGCCGCGUUUCGAGGAUCGUACCGUCGCCAAAGAAAAUAUGAUGCAAUCAGUUCGUGAUUCGUCUCAGCAGGACCGCCGGGUCUAUGUGGGCAAUUUGUCCUACGAUGUCAAGUGGCAUCAUCUCAAAGAUUUUAUGCGACAGGCUGGAGAGGUUCUCUUUGCCGAUGUGUUACUUCUUCCGAAUGGAAUGUCGAAGGGAUGCGGGAUUGUGGAAUACGCAACGAGGGAGCAAGCACAACAAGCUGUCAACACGCUCAGCAACCAAAACCUGAUGGGUCGACUUGUCUACGUUCGCGAGGAUCGUGAGUCUGAGCCUCGUUUCAUCGGUGGUCCCCCCGUGGCGAUUUCGGCGGCCGCGGCGAUUUCGGAGGCCGUGGCGGCUUCGGUGGACCAGGAUUCGGUGGCCACCCCGGUGGUGGUGGUGGUGGUGCUGGCGGCGGCGGUCGCCAGCUCUAUGUGUCGAACGUUUCUUCCUUUCAAUGUGGGAUGGCAAGACUUGAAGGAUCUGUUCCGCCAAGCUGCCCAGCAGGGAGCUGUCAUCCGUGCCGAUGUGCACACCGACCCCACUGGUCGCCCUAAGGGAUCUGGUAUUGUUGCAUUUGAGUCCCCUGAGGAUGCUCGCAAUGCCAUCACCCAGUUCAACGGAUAUGAGUGGCAGGGUCGACCCCUCGAGGUCCGCGAAGACCGAUUUGCAGGCGGCGGUCCCGGCUUCGGCGGACGCGGCGGCGGCUUCGGUGGUCGCGGUGGCUUUGGCGGCGGUCCUGGCUUUGGCGGCCGUGGAGGCUUCGCUGGACGCGGCGGCUUUGGCGGUGGAUUCCGCGGUGGCUACGGUGGUCCCCCUGCCUUUGGCGGUGGUGGCUUCGAUGCCGGCGGUGGUGCUCCUCCUCCUGCUCCUGUUGCUUCGUCUCCCCCGAACCCUUUCACCGACUUUGCUACCUCUGCCGGCGAGAAGAGCGCUGUUAUCUACGUGCGCAACCUGCCCUGGUCCACCUGCAAUGAGGACCUGAUCGACUUGUUCUCCACUAUCGGCAAGGUUGAAAGAGCCGAGAUUCAGUACGAGCCUAACGGCCGCUCGCGCGGCACUGGUGUCGUCGAAUUUGAUUCCGCGGACACUGCAGAGACUGCAAUCGCCAAGUUCACCGGUUACCAGUACGGAGGUCGCCCUCUGGGCAUCACCUUUGUCAAGUACCUGAAUGCCGGCCCGGGACCUGAGGACAUGAACAUGAUGGAGGCUACAGAGCCCACUGGUCUCACGCAGGACCAGAUCAUGUAG